CGGUUCGCGAUGGCGCAGCUCGGCCUGGUCCGCUUGAAGGCGCCGAGUAAAGAGCCGCGGGAGAGGGAGCCCGGCCCUGCUACAGGUCCCAGUAUCAGCCCCGGGCCCGCCGCCAAGCGCCGCAAAACACAGCACCACGGACUCAGCCUCCGGCCUCCUACCAGCUCGGCCUCGGUGCUCCGUUACCCGGCCUCCCCCGCUGGCCUCUACUCGGUGCGGCCUCCUCCCACUCCCGCUCCUCCUCCCCCUCCUCCCUCUGCCGCUCCCGCAGCCUCCGGCGCGGCUGUCCCCGGGCCUGCCGCCUGUCCCUCCUCCGCCGCCACAGGCCUCCCCGCUCCCGUACUCCCCAAGACCAAGGGCCCGAAGGAGAAGCACCCACGCCGGGACAAGGAGAAGAAGCACAGGCCGCGGAAGGAGAACAGCGACUGCCGGCCGCCGCCUCCCCCGGCCAAAGGUGGCUCUGAUGAAAAUGGGAAAAGCCGGAGACUGGAUGAGUACCUGGGCAAAAAAACGAAGAAAAAGAAGAAAAAGAAACAUCGGGAAGGUGAGCGACCGAGACGGCUAAAAAUGUACAACAAAGAGGUUCAGACGACCUGUACAGGAAUCGCUCACAUUGACCUAGACACUUUGGGGCAUGGUUCCUUUGAUGAAUCGAGGGUAAUCAACGAAUCCUCUGUUGAACAUAACGAACAACUUGACAGGUUGGAUAUGAAAAUGAGCCAUUGUGCCAUCCCCUCAGGUGCACAGUUACCGUACUUAUCUCACAGAGACCACUGUGUACGGAAGGCACUCUUACGGACAGGUUCCUCUAAGUUUGCCCAUUUCAUUCAUGUGGAGCACCAACCAAAUGGUGGUGCACCAGUGCUCCAUGCCUACAUGGAUGAACUCUCUUUCUUGUCUCCUAUGGAGAUGGAGAGGUUUGCUGAAGAAUUUCUUGCUUUGACUUUCAGUGAAAAUGAAAAGAGUGCAGCUCACUAUGUAAUGGCUAUUGUACAUGGAGCCGCAACUUACCUGCCAGACUUUCUAGAUUACUUUGCUUUCAACUUCCCCAACACUCCAGUGAAAAUGGAAAUCUUGGGGAAGAAGGAUAUAGAAACGACAACCAUCUCGAACUUUCGUGCUCAGGUUUCACGGACUUACUGUUGUGGCACGUACAGAGCGGGUCCAAUGAGACAGAUCAGCUUGGUGGGAGCAGUGGAUGAAGAGGUUGGAGAUUACUUCCCUGAAUUUCUGGACAUGUUGGAAGACUCUCCAUUUUUGAAAAUGACACUGCCAUGGGGCACCCUGUCCAGCCUUCAGCUACACUGCCGGUCACAGAGUGAUGAUGGCCCAAUAAUGUGGGUAAGGCCUGGUGAGCAGAUGAUCCCAACUGCAGACAUGCCCAAGUCCCCUUUUAAGAGACGACGGUCAAUGAACGAAAUCAAGAAUCUCCAGUAUCUACCUCGGGCCAGCGAGCCUCGUGAAAUACUCUUUGAAGAUAGAACACGAGCUCACGCAGAUCAUGUGGGCCAAGGCUUCGAUUGGAAGAGCACAGCAGCUGUAGGUGUGCUCAAGGCAGUCCAAUAUGGAGAAUGGAGUGACCAGCUUCGAGUAACCAAAGACGUGAUCUGCUUUCAUGCAGAGGAUUUCACAGAUGUUGUACAGAGAUUACAGUUGGAUCUACAUGAGCCCCCAGUGUCCCAGUGUGUACAAUGGGUGGAUGAAGCAAAACUCAACCAAUUAAGGCGGGAAGGCAUCCGGUACUCAAGGAUCCAACUCUCAGACAAUGACAUAUACUUUAUUCCUCGAAAUGUCAUACAUCAGUUUAAAACUGUAUCUGCCGUUUGCAGCUUAGCCUGGCACAUACGCCUGAAGAGAUACCAGCAGGAAGAAGCAGAACCAAACAAUGACUCUGAAAUCACUUCUAAAGAGAUUAAGACAGAGACCAAUGUAAGCUGUUCAGAUGACACAGUAAUAAAACCUGAAAUCCAGGCCCAAUUGCCAGUAAUACAGGAAGAUCACAGUCAUCAGACCCAGGAUCAGCAAGGUUUUCCUCAAUGACGUGUGUACAUAUUUGACUUUUUAAAUAAAUAUUUUUUUCUUUCUUUUUAAA